UCUGUUUGUAUUCUCCCUGGGACAGAUACCGCCAGUGCAAUUUGGAUAUAGUGUGCGCGCGUGUGUAGGCGUGCAUGAGCUGGAAUGUGUAUGUGACUCAGGCAGUUUGAGUGAAAGGAGUAUGGAUGCAGAAUCUCAGCAGAGCGGGGAGAUUGCUUCACGUAUCUCAAUGUCCUCUCGAUGGAUGUUUGCGGCUCAUGAAGGAUAUUAUUUUUGAUGUGUGCUCGGUUCGUGCGUAUAGACGCGUGAUUUAUUCAGGAUGAUGAUGAACCCGCUCAGGUGCACCCGAAAGUGCCUAUUCCUGGCGACAGGGUUGGCUGUGCUUGCGAUUUGCUGGUUCAGGAUUUGGGACCGGAGCAUCGACACGAAGAGACUCGUUAGAGAAAUCCAGCAGCUUCGGAGUCAGUGGAAGAGAAACGCCUCCAACUACGAGGUUCUCGGGAAGGAGCUUGAGAAGUGUUGCGAUGCACAUCGCCUGUUUGCAGUGACAAAGCAGAACACGGCCAUUGGAACAGUGCUAUGGUUUGACGCAGAGCUCUUCCACUCUCACACCGUUGACCCACACACCUACUCUCUACUAGUCAAGGACCCACCUCUGCCUCACCGCCUGAGCACCUGUGCAGUAGUCGGCAACGGGGGCAUUCUGAAGAACAGCGGCUGUGGAAACGAAAUCGACCGAGCCCAGUUUGUCAUCAGAUGUAAUCUCCCUCCCUUGAACAAAGGAUACGCCGAACACAUUGGAAAGAGAACACAUUUAGUGACAGCAAACCCGAGCAUCAUUGAGAGAAGGUUCGAGGGUCUGGAGUGGUCGCGGCGUCCGUUCCUGCAGAGCGUCAACGUGUACGAGCGCAGCUUCAUCUACAUGCCCGCCUUCUCCUCCAACAUCGGCACCGAGCCCUCCUUCCGGGCCGCGCACACCCUCGCCGACGCCUCGGCCAACCAGACGCUCCUCUUCGCCCACCCUGACUUCCUGCGGCGCGUGAGCGAGUACUGGGCGUCUCACGGUGUGGGCGCGCGCCGCCUCUCCACGGGCCUCUUCAUGCUCACCCUGGCGCUCUCCGUCUGCGACCAGGUGGACGUGUACGGCUUCUGGCCCUUCCCCGACGGCCCUGACGGCAUGCCCCUGUCGCACCACUACUAUGACAACGAGCCCCCCAACAGCUACCACGCCAUGCCCCAGGAGUUCCUGCAGCUCUGGGAGCUGCACAAGAGCGGUGUCAUACGGCUUCAGGUUGGCAGCUGCGACGCUACCAUGCACUAGCUACUGAUAGCCCAAGCAAGCGGUGCUCUCUCUUGCAACUGCAAAAGAGCGUGGUUAUAUGACUUCAGCCACUUGUAGCACUUGUAGCUGCCACUAUGGGUGACCAUACUUUGGUAUGUGAAAACCCGGACACGUAACCACGAUUUGAAUGCCAUAGUCUCACCUCCCAUCCUGGUGUGCCUGUGGUUUCGUGCUUCGCUGACUCCCCACCUCCGCGGAGAAACCACUUAAGUUUCCCCGCCGUCAACUUAGGACUUUUGGAGGACUUUUCCUUAUUCAACGUCCCGCUUGCAAAUGAGAACAUCACCUUUGAAAUGUGUUUUUGCGAGGUAUUGAAUAAACCUCUACCGUCAAUGACAUGUCGCCUCGAAUCUCGAGGCCACAGGUACGAGACGAGGACGGGUGGUUAGACAAUAGGAAUAACACUCAGAUGUCGUGAAUAGGUUGGCCGGAAGGUCACUACUAGCCCAAGCAAAGCGGUGCUCU